AUGGACAGUAUCGCGGUUCUAUUGUCGCAAUCUUUACAACUUGGUCCACAGCGCAAGCAGGCUGAGCAGCAGCUACAGCAAGGUGAAUCCCAGGCAGGAUUUCUUCUCUUACUGCUCCAGCUCCUCGGUCAGGAGAAUGCACCAAAUGAGAUACGCCUGGCUGCUGCAGUUUUGCUUAAGAAUAAUAUAAGAAAGAAUUGGCCAGAAGACACAGCUAUAAGCGUGCAAGAUAGAAACACGGUCAAGGCUCAAAUAGUACCUGCUAUGAUUGCGUUAUCUUCUAGACCUCCUUUACAAGCUCAGCUUGGUGAAGCCGUUGCUAUUAUCGCGGAGCAUGACUUCCCUGCAAAUUGGGAUGGUUUGAUUGAUCAACUCGUUGCUGCACUCACAGAAUCAGAUUACUCGAUUAACAACGGCGUCCUCACCACAGCUCACUCCAUCUUCAAAAGAUGGCGCUCACAAUUUCGCACAGAUGACCUCUUUAGAGAGAUUAUAUACGUUUUAGAGCGUUUCUGUGAACCAUUCUUAGGCAUCUUUAGACGCACUGAUCACCUCCUCAGCGAUCCCUCAUACCACUCUCUUCCAGAAGCUCAACGCGUACAGUUAGCACAAGCAAUGAUCCUACUCACUCAAAUUUACCACGACCUCAACUCACAAGACCUGCCUCCUUUCUUCGAGGACAAUAACAAUGAAUUUAUGGGCUACUUUGCAAAAUACUUGGUCGAAUGGAACGCCCAGUUCGAUGAUGGCGGCGGCGAGGACCCAACACCUCUAGAAAAGAUUAGAGCGAGUAUUUGUGAGAUCGUUGAGCUCUACUCGCAGAGAUACCUCGAUGCAUUCCCUCAAAUGGGUGCGUUCGUUGAGCGUGUGUGGACGUUGGUUAUUGGUUUGGGUCAAUCAACAAAGUACGACGUUUUGAUCAGCAAGGCGCUGAAAUUCUUAAGCACAGUCGUUAGAAAUCCAGAUCAACGUGGUGCAAUUGACAACGAGGCAACACUCAAUCAAUUUUGCGAAAAGAUUAUUCUCCCAAAUAUGCAAAUGCGUGAACAUGAGGAGGAGAUGUUCGAGGAUGAUCCAUUGGAAUACGUGAGGAGAGAUUUAGAACCUACUUCGGAUUCAGACACGCGUAGAUCUGCUGCUACUGAAUUUACACGUGCUUUGAUGGAACAAUUUGAGAGCACUAUUACGACUAUCAUUAAGGGCUAUAUUGCUAAUUGUUUACAAGUAUUUAGUCAACAAAACUGGAAAGCUAAAGAUACCGCUAUAUACCUUCUCACAUCUAUCGCAAGUAAGGGAUCCACAUCUUCACAUGGUGUGUCAUCAACUAAUCAACUCAUUGAUGUUAUUUCCUUCUUCUCUGAACAUGUUUUCCAACACCUUCAAAACCCUUCACACCCAAUACUUGAAGUUGACGCCAUCAAGUUUUUGUACACAUUCCGUAACCAGCUCAGCAAAGAGCAGAUACUGUCAGUCUUACCGUUGCUCGUUCGUCACUUGGGAAGUGAGAAUUACGUUGUUUACUCAUACGCUGCUAUUACUUUAGAGAGAACGUUGGCGUUGAGAAGAGACGGGAAGCAGGUUAUCGAAAAGGACGACGUGAGAAUAUUUGCUCAGGAUAUCUUAGUUGCCAUAUUUAACAAGAUUGGUGAGGCUCCAACGCCAGAAAAGAAGGCCGAGAAUGAGUACCUCGCCCGUGCUGCUAUGCGUAUUAUCUUGGUCGCUCAAGAUAGCUUGUCUGAUGUACAUGAGGCAAUCCUCGACUACUUAGUUGGUAUUACGACGGAGAUUUCCAAGAAUCCAUCCAACCCACGUUUCUCGCAGUACAUUUUCGAGGCAAUUGCUGCUUUGGUUAGGUUUGUUGGGGGUACACAUAAGCAACUCCUCCCCAACAUGACCAACAAGCUACUCUACGGACCUUUCCAAAUGAUUCUGGGUCAGGACGUCCAGGAGUUCCAGCCAUUCGUUUUCCAAAUUGUCGCUCAGUUGUUGGAAAUUCAGGGCGAGGGUACGCCAGAUGCAUUCAAGCCUCUACUCGCGCCGUUAAUGCAGCCUACACUAUGGGAGCAGCGUGGUAACGUUCCACCUCUGGUGAGACUUUUGAAGGCCUUCUUGCUCAGAGUGUCCGAGGACAUAGUCGCAAACAACCAGAUCAGCAACAUUCUGGGUGUGUUUCAAAAACUCAUUGGAAGUAAGGUGCAGGAUGUGUACGGAUUUGAGUUAUUAGAGGGGCUCAUCGAGAAUGUACCUGCGCAAACCAUGCAGGAUUACAUUGCACCCGUUUUGACUUUGCUUCUUACACGUCUGCAAGCGAGCAAGACUGACCAGUUUACACGUGCAUUCAUCCACUUCUUUAUGCUCACUGCUGCGCUCGACGACAAGGGGUAUGGAGUGCCGUUCUUGGUUAGCGGUUUCGAUAAGGUUCAGCCGGGUCUGCUCCCUCAGGUGCUCCAAUCUGUGCUUCUUCCCGAAGUUCAGAAAGUCACGCAGCGCGAUCGCAAGGUCGUCUACAUCGGUCUGGUGAAGCUAUUGACAAACACGCAAACUAUACAAAUGGGCAAGGUGUGGUCCGUUGCAAUGGAGUCUCUGCUUAAGCUCUUCAUCAACCCACAGGAUCUCAAGGCUGCGGGUACGAAUGAAAUUCUUGUGGACGACGAAUCAGGCUAUCAGACGACUUACGCUCGUUUGGCUUCGUCUGAUUAUCCUCCAGCUGACAGGUUUCCCAGUGUCACCGAUGAGCGCUCUUUCAUGAGCUCUAGCUUGGACGCUUUCAGUAGGAACGUCCCAGGUCAGAUCCCUCCGCUUCUGCAAGGCAUCCCUAACGAAUUACUCUCCCCACUCGUGCAAUUCAUGCAGUCUAACGGUCAGACCAUUGUGUGA